AUGAGUAAAAGGUCCAUGGGUCAAAGCUGCUAUUCAUUUAUAAGCAAGAUCUCAGAUGCUUAUAAUUCUUUGCAUCCCAAGGAAGUCGUCCUCUUAUUAUCCAACGAAUGGGCUGUAGAGGUGCUAAGCGACGACGAAAGUCUGACAGAAGAGAGAUUGGACAAGGUGGUAACUGAAUUUCUCAAGGACUUCAAGGAUGGCACUGCAGAAGCUAAAUGUUGGCCUGCAACUUUCACGGCAUAUAAAGUUUCCAAAGCAGCAAUCAAUGCCUACACAAGGAUUCUGGCCAAGAAAUACCCAACUAUCUGCAUCAAUUUCAUUUGUCCAGGCUGCUGCAAAACAGAUACAAACUGCAAUACAGGAGUCAUUACUGCUGGAGAAGGUGCUGAGGGUGUUGUAAAGCUUGCAUUAUUGCCUGAUGGUGACCCUUCUGGCUUGUUCUUCUUAAGAAAAGAGGUGACACCUUAUUGA